AUGCCCUUAUUGCCGUUCCAAGAUCGAUCGCUUGAAAACAUAGUGCCAUAUCCUCGAUUCCGAGUCGAAGAAUCGCAAACGAAAUCGAAAUACUUGCUCGCGAAACCCUUUGCGGAAACUGAACUGGGCUAUGAGGAGAUGGAGAAGAAGCAGAGAGAGGUAAUGGAGGUUGUAAGUUUGGUGGGGGCUUGCAUUUGGCGGGUUUCGGAAGAGGAUAGAAAAAAGUUUGUAACACAGCGAAGGCAGGAACGCGCUAGGAAAGUGAAUGGGUCGAUUGAUGGCAGUACUUGUGCAAGUGGUCGUAAUGCGCUGGAUUGGUGGUACAAUGAUUUGGGGGAUAACAGAGAAGACAAUACAGAGGUCGGUGGUUCUGAAUUCUUCGGAGGUAUAUUCAAGUGGGCCAUUAUGAUGACUUUGUCGAUAGUUAUACCGUCGUCAAUACCAUCCACAUUCGAUAGUAGAAUGUUUUUGGGCAUAUAA